AAGAAUUAUUCGAUUGAAACGUAUAUUGCUGAAACGGUGGCGUUUCUUGGUGGGAUGGGGGGAGCGGGCGACUUCCUUUUUCUUGCUAUUUUCACCGUAUCUUUCAACAAAUACUGCGUUUUCCGGGAAGUGGCACUCGGAAUCUGUGGAACAUUAGCAUACAAACCCUAACCCUAAAUUCAAGCCUCUGCAACUCAACCUCAACUGAGGGUUUCCACGUCUUUCUGUGCGAGAAAUAAACUGGUGUCAAUGGAUUCAGACGAAGGGAAGUUAUUCAUCGGAGGAAUAGCAUGGGACACCACCGAGGAAACCCUUAGAGAUUACUUCAGCAAGUACGGCCAUGUCUCUCAGACUGUUAUCAUGCGCGACAAGACCACCGGCCGUCCACGUGGCUUCGGCUUCGUAGUUUUCUCAGAUCCUUCCCUUCUCGAUUCUGUUCUUCAAGAUAGACAUACUAUUGAAGGCCGAACUGUGGAAGCUAAGAGGGCAUUAUCGAGGGAAGAACAGCAAACGUCUAGACCUGCAAGCAAUGUUGGGAGGAGCUCCGGUGGGGCAGGGACAGGAGGAAAUUACAGAACCAAAAAGAUAUUUGUUGGCGGUUUACCUUCCACCUUGACAGAGGACCAAUUCCGUCAAUACUUUGAAACUUAUGGUGAUAUAACGGAUGUAGUAAUCAUGUUUGACCAAACCACCAACAGACCUCGUGGAUUUGGUUUCAUCUCAUUUGAUACAGAAGAUGCUGUUGAUAGAGUUCUUCAAAAGACCUUCCAUGAACUCAACAAUAAGCUUGUUGAGGUGAAACGAGCACUUCCUAAAGACGCUAAUCCCUGGCGGCAAUGGCAGUGGCAGUGGCGGUGGCGCACGUGGUGGUGGAUAUCAAGGUAG